AUGGCAAAGGAAAAGAAGCCCAAAAUUAUGUUUCUUAUUGAAACUUUACUUGUUACUAGUAAGCUGGAGGGAGUUAGGAAGAGGGUGGGUCUUGAAAACUGUUUUGGUGUGGAUCCUGUGGGUAGAAGUGGAGGGCUUGCAAUGUUAUGGAGUGGAGAUUUAGUGGUAGAAAUUCAGAACUACUCGAGGUGGCAUAUAAAUGCUUGGGUAGAGAAUGAAGUUACCAACCAAAGAUGGCUCUUUACAGGGUUUUAUGGCCAUCCCGAGACUGCAAAAAGAAAUAUGUCGUGGGAGUUGUUGUGUUCUUUAAAACCACCAGUGCUAACCCCAUGGUGUGUAGCUGGUGAUUUUAAUGAACUAGUGAGCCAAUCAGAAAAGUUUGGAGGAAGACAAAGGGGGGAAGCUCAGAUGUGCAGGUUUAGAGAGGCUUUGGAAGUAAAUGAUCUGUGUGAUCUGGGGUAUAAGGGAGAUAAAUUCACAUGGAGUAAUAGGCAUAUAGAUGAUACUUUUACAAAAGAAAGGCUUGAUAGAUGUGUAGCGAACAGUAGUUGGAGGGAGAUUUUUAAUCAUGUGUGGGUGGAAACUUUACCAGCAAGAAGUUCAGACCACAAGCCUCUAGUGGUGGGGUUAUCAACUAUCCAGUUGAGAAGGCAAAGGUACAGUAAACCUUCAGAUUCGAAGCUGGUUGGACAAAAGAUAAAGAGUGUGAGGAAGUGGUGUUGA